AUGGAGUAUCACAUUGAAUAUACUUCGAACGAGUCCGGUAAAUCUGAGAAGGAAGCCUUUGUACAGAACUCCUUUAGCCAAACAAAUGGAAAAGGAAGGAAGAGCCUCCUCUUGGUUCUGUCCGUGUCGACCAUAUGCCUUGUGGCCGGAUCUGCAUUUUACUUUACCCGCACGGGGAAGGGCAAUGAUGGUCCCCUGUACGGGAACGCACUUGACGAGAACAGCAGUGAUGAUUUCAUUAUCACCACUUUGUUGAAAAGCCCACUAUACCUUCUUUUUAAACGGAAUCUUACUCUGUCGACCAGGCUGGAGUGCAGUGGUGUGACCUCGGCUCACUGCAACCUCCACCUCCCGGGUUCAAGCGAUUCUCUUGCCUCAGCCUCCCAACGGGCGACACCACGCAGAAACGCGCAACAGAACAAAUUACAAAGUACGGAUGCGAAAUUGCACCAAAGCACAAACGGUACACUCGACCUUCUUAUAUCGUUCCUCACCCAUUUGCCAACUCCCAGGGUGGGCACGGAAAUCCUUACCCUGGCCUUCGCCCCCUUCUUUAUUUCCCAGAACAUAUGCUUGAAAGUUAGCCAAAAAUUGUCAUAA